UCCUUCCACUACUCAUUCAGUCAUCCGCUCCCCCCCGUUUCCCUCGCUUUUGCACUUCCGACGGGGACAGGAUUCCGACAGUCGUGCCGGAGCUUCAAUCCAAGAGGUCGUCCGAGAAACCGAGCAAUAAUCAUCAACCGAUCGGAGAGUUACAGAUGUUAAGCGCUGCUCGUGAGAUUUCAUUCCAGUAUUCCCAAAAUGUUGCUUUCGAGGCUUGCAAGACGAAGCCAUCUCCUCUCUUUCUUUUCGCCUUUCAAACCUCAUUACUUGGGAGCUCAACGUGGAUACGUGCCAAAUUCUGUCAGUGAUGCAUGGUGCUUAAUUCCCAGAUGUAGACAUAAUGCUUGGUCAUGUAAAACAUCUUCUCAGAUUCCUCUCGGUUCUCGUUGUUUUCAAAAGCCUGGUUCGGUUCUUGCACAGCGCCAAUAUGCUUCUCAAGCAUCCUCCCAAGAACAGAAAUCUCAAAGGAUGCUAAUGUACCUUACGGCUUUAGUUUUUGCAAUGGUGGGAGGUAGUUAUGCUGCUGUCCCAUUGUAUCGGAGAUUCUGUCAAGCUACUGGCUAUGGUGGUACCAUUCAACGCCGAGAGAGUGUUGAAGAGAAAAUUGCUCGCCAUGCUAAAGAUGGAACAGUUACCGAAAGGGAGAUUGCAGUGCAGUUUAAUGCUGAUGUGGCUGAUGGGAUGCCAUGGAAAUUUACUCCCACCCAAAGAGAGGUUAGAGUUAAGCCCGGAGAAAGUGCUCUUGCAUUUUACACAGCCGAAAAUCGAAGUUCAACACCAAUAACUGGUGUUUCUACCUAUAAUGUAACUCCCAUGAAGGCAGCAGUUUAUUUCAAUAAGAUACAGUGUUUCUGCUUCGAGGAGCAACGCCUUCUUCCUGGAGAACAAAUUGACAUGCCUGUGUUCUUCUAUAUUGAUCCAGAAUUUGAAACGGAUCCGAGGAUGGAUGAUAUCAACAACAUUAUAUUAUCCUACACAUUUUUCAAGGUCUCCGAGGAUUGACUUGAGGUGUUUCGCAGACAUUAUUGUCUUCUGGGUUCAAACCAUUUGUACAAGGGAGAAUGAGACGGUUUUUGAGAGCCAAAGGCAGCUAGAUAGAAGGGGAGGCUCUUUGCAGAGAGCGUUUUGCUCGAGGCGUCUUGAUGUGAUGAGCCCUUGAGCCUUGGGUGAGGUCCCGAGGAGUUAAGGGUCAUAAAUUUCAUUUUAUCCAAGGCGCUUCUCCUUUUGCCGAACGAUGGUUUUCCUUUUUAUUGCAUAGAUUCAUGUGGAAAUCACACACUUGGGCGACUACAAUAAUAUCCUCUCGUCUCAGGUCAUUCCUAAUUAAUUUCAGAGUUGGUGUA